GAAAAAGUCCGAGCUGCGAAGAGCUCCUCCACAUCCCGGGGAAACGCCGUCCCUACAGCGCCGUUUUAGGUAUAUUGCGCGUUAUUGAGAUUAAACCUUUAAAGGUUGUAGCUGCAUAAUUUCAUUGCUUCGAUCGCAUUAAUUAACUCCGCCUUUGAGUUUAGAAGAAUCUCAGAGAUUUUCUCAGGCUCCAGCAGACUCAGUCAUUGGGAGGAUGGUGCAGGUGAAGAAGAUAUGCUGCAUAGGGGCGGGGUACGUGGGGGGGCCCACCUGCAGUGUGAUCGCCCAGAUGUGCCCAGGGGUGAUGGUCACGGUGGUGGAUGUGAACGAGGACCGCAUACAAGCCUGGAACUCUGACAGCCUGCCUAUCUUUGAGCCUGGCCUUCAAGAAGUAGUUGAGUCCUGUCGUGGAGUCAACCUCUUCUUCUCCACAGAUAUCGACAGUGCAAUUCAGGAUGCAGACCUCGUCUUUAUCUCGGUGAACACCCCAACGAAGACCUUUGGGAUUGGUAAGGGGAGGGCUGCAGACCUGAAGUACAUUGAGGCAUGCGCACGCCGCAUCGCCGACGUCUCCACCGGCUGUAAGAUCGUGGUGGAGAAGAGCACGGUCCCCGUCAGGGCGGCAGAGAGCAUCCGGCGAAUCUUCAACGCCAACACAAAGAGCACGCUCAGUUUCCAGGUUCUGUCUAACCCAGAGUUCUUGGCAGAGGGGACAGCCAUCUCAGACCUGAAGAACCCAGACAGGGUUCUCAUUGGGGGGGACGAGAGCCCAGAGGGUCAGUGUGCAAUCGAAGCUUUACGUGGCAUUUAUCAACACUGGGUGCCCAAGGACAAGAUAAUCACCACCAACACGUGGUCAUCUGAACUCUCCAAGCUUGCAGCCAACGCCUUCCUGGCCCAGCGCAUCAGUAGCAUCAAUUCCAUCAGCGCCCUGUGUGAGGUGACCGGCGCUGAUGUGGAGGAGGUGGCUCACGCCAUCGGCACAGACCAGAGGAUUGGCAGCCGCUUCCUUAAAGCCAGUGUGGGGUUUGGUGGGAGCUGUUUCCAGAAGGACGUACUGAACCUUGUCUACCUGUGUGAGGCCCUGAACCUGCCUGAGGUUGCGAGAUACUGGCAACAGGUGAUUGAAAUCAAUGACUAUCAACGGCAGCGUUUCUCCUCACGAAUCAUUGGAUGCCUCUUCAACACAGUGACAGACAAGAAGAUAGCACUGUUGGGCUUCGCCUUCAAGAAGAACACAGGUGACACCAGGGAGUCUUCCAGCAUCUAUAUCAGUAGGUAUCUGAUGGAUGAGGGUGCUCGGCUCCACAUCUAUGACCCCAAAGUGAAGAAGGAGCAGAUCAUCCAAGACCUGUCUCAGCCAACCCUGUCCCAUGGAGAAGACGCUCAGAGAGUGUCUCAGCUCGUCACCAUCGCCACUGACCCGUACUCUGCUUGUGAGAAUGCCCAUGCAAUUGUCAUUUGCACAGAGUGGGACAUGUUCAAAGAGCUGGACUAUGAGCGAAUCUACAAGGCCAUGUUGAAACCCGCAUUCAUCUUUGAUGGGAGAAGAAUCCUUGACAGUCUGCAUGACCAGCUUCAGCAUAUAGGCUUCCAGGUGGAGACAAUCGGCAAGCGAGUGAGCCAGAGAAUUCCCUUCACUGGCAGUAACGAAAUCUCAAAACCCGAGCAGCUGCUACCUUCCAAGAAGCUCAAACAAUAAUUUUUUUCAUGGCUCACUGGAUUCAGAGGGUGAUGACUUCCAUUUGAAGAAAUGUGGUUAAUUUCUGCUCAGUUUUACAUCACAAAAGACUCAGUUGAAUGAACGUCUCCUGGAUGUUUUUAUCUUUCCAUGUAUUUACUUUCGACAAGUGAAGACUUCAAAACCCAAAGUCUUAAAGCAGGUUGUUUUAUAUGCUGUAUUUCAGCUGUUUGGGCUGUCAGUUUUAAAAAUAUUUCUGAAUACUGAAAUACAUUUAUCAGAAGUUCUUAUCAGAGCUUCUGCAAAUGCUGUCAUUCCAGUGAAACUUAUUUUUUUAAGAAUUUUUUAAUUCUUAUUGCUAAGCUGAGAGUGUAGAUUGUUUCUAUUUCACUGUGAAAGUUCGAUGAGACAACUUUAGUAUUAUUACAGCUGCUUAUCAUUUACAGUGACAUUACAGCAUUAGGAUGGACGUUUGUUUGGCCAAUUUAUAUUACAAAGGGAGGAAGAUGAUUAAAUUGCCUUGAUGGCCGCACAACAUGUACAUUAACUUGCCUGGUUCCAGCUCUGAAUUCUGUUAGAACUUCAAGAGCAAGCGGACAAGACAAUAAAAUUCUCCUUUACAAAAAGUGA